CGAAAACCUGACUGGCGACAUAUUUUAAGUGUGGCAGUUUCAAAGGCGGGACGAAUUUUCAAUAGACGGUAGAAAUGUAACGAUUUUAUGAAAGUAAGUGAGAUUCCGGACAAAAGCGGUAUGUGAAUGAAACAGAUAUUUAAAAUCUAUUUUCUCACGUUUAAAUGGAAUGAACGGCUCAUGUGUUACCUGAAGUAAAGUGUAAACAGCUGAAGGCUGGUACACCUUAUUAGGAUGGUGUGGGCGGAGGCGUGGUGCACUUUUGGCGACACCACAUUCAUUAAGUUUCCAACCGUGUUCGAUAGUCCAUUUACUCUACCGAGGGCUAACUGCUAUCCAAGAGAUGAGAGCAUCGUCGUAUUUCGUUGUCUGUUGCGUUCUGCUGAACCCCGGGGCUCUCGGCUUUGCCAUAUUGCCCGGGAAUUCCCUGAAUCACCAGGAAAUAACUGAAGAGGCAAUAUUAAGUGCCACGCUUCUGGCUUGCCGCGAUAUUGCACAAUCCGUGGGAACAGUUUUUACCUUUCCUCCAGGGACCCUGACUGCAGGGGCCGUUGCAGUUGCAUGCUCCUCGGCAGAAUCCUCCAAGAGUUUCCGCAGAGCUAUCUUUGGCAUCACGGCUAGGAACGUGCGGGUGGACCUCCGCCACGCCCUCAACGCCAGCUUCCACUUCGACGACGAGAUGUUUCUUGGCGGGAGGAGAAUCAUCGCGACGGGUCUGACGUCCGUCAAGGCCAGCAACAGAGAGGGCAACUUCGAGACAGCCAGAGAGAUCCUGGGAGAGAUUCUACACCCCUUACAGGACUUCUACAGCCACAGCAACUGGGUGGAGCUGGGGAACCGAUCGCCCCAUCCCGGCCUGCUCCGCGCCGACGCUGACCUGGGGAGCAUGGCAGCGGAGAGCCGUCCCACCUGCCGGAACUGUGUGGGCGAGGACUGCUCUGACAACAUCCUGGAGGACAUCCUGCGGGAGGGGGUCCUGACCUCUGGGUACUUCGCCAUCGUGCCGUUGGUCUCCACAAAACCACCCGGGAAGUGUAGCCACGGCGGGGGGCCGGACCAGACCAGCACCCUGGAGCCCCGCGGGGGGAUCAACAAGGACACGGCCUCGGCCAGCCACGGGCACCUGCACCGGGCCGCCGCCCGCCUGGCCACCGCUGCCACCGCACAGCUGCUGGCCGACGUGGCGCAGGCGGCCGGGGAAACAGACUUCCUACGGAUGAUGGGCGUGUUCAGCGGCUCCAGCAAGGCGCUGGUCUUCGUGGUCGACACCACGGAGAGCAUGAGCGACGACCUGCCGGCGGUGAAGGCGGCGACGGAGACGCUGGUGACCACUCAAGAGGGAACGCCCGAUGAGCCCUCGGUCUACAUACUUGUUCCCUUCGGAGAUCCGGGCUUUGGGCCGCUGAUGAGAACCACCGACUCCAAGGCCUUCAUGACUCGACUCAACGCACUGACAGCCCGCGGGGGGGGCGACUCCGCUGAGAUGAGCCUUUCUGCUCUCAAGUUGGCCUUGACGGCAGCGCCCUCUGAUUCUGAGAUCUUCCUCUUCACGGACGCAUCUGCUAAAGACACAAACCUUAAAGGGCCAGUGAUCGCCCUGAUGGAGCGGACCCAGACUGUGGUGAACUUCAUGCUGACGGGCACCUCUGAGGAGAACAGCGGCCCGCCGAGCCGGGGGUCCUCAGCUGAAGCUCUACUUUACAGGCAGCUAGCUCAGGCUUCAGGAGGUCUGGCUAUUGAAGUGACAAAGAGCGAGCUAACUGAAGCCAUCAGCAUUAUAACGGCGUCCUCUGCUGACUCCCUGGUGACUCUUCUCCAGGCUUCCCGGAGCCCAGGGAGAGAUGAGACCUUCUCGUUCCCCGUGGACGAGUCCGUACGAAGUCUCACUGUUUACAUCACUGGAGGUUCCAUGAGCUUUACCAUCAGCAACCCCUCAGGCGAGUCUCAGAGCAGUACCGUGCAAAACGGACCAUUAGGUGUUUUCCGGUCUGUAGGAAAUUUAAAUGCGUUGAAACUAAAAACCCAAGUGGGAGAGUGGACUGUGGAACUGGUGUCAUCCAACCCUUACACUCUGAAGGUCACAGGCCAGAGUGACGUUGACUUCCUGUUUGACUUCGUGGAGAUGUCCGAAGGCCCCUUCGCUGGCCUCGACGUGUUGGGGUCCCGGCCCAGAGCAGGGGCGAGCGGGACCCUGCUGCUGUCGCUGACCGCCCCCCAGGCCGCCCUCACGGAGGUGUUGCUGGUGGAGCCGCGGGGCGGGGGGGCGGUGGGGGGGCGGCUGGAGCCCCGGGGCGGGGGGGAGGUCCUGGCCCGCUUCAGCGCCGUGCCGGCGGGGGCCUUCGGGGUCCGCGUGCAGGGCCGCGGGGGGGCCCCCGGGGGGAUCUUCCAGAGGCAGGCCCCCGGCGUCCUACGGAGCUCCAACAUCACCGUCAGGUCCGAGUCGGAGAACAUCAUAGUUCCAGGAACGCCGUUCCUGGUCCGCUUCACCGUGACGACGGGCGAUGUGGGAGGCAACUUCUCCAUCCAGGUGACGGACGACCGGGGCUUCGUCACCGACUCCCCCGCCCGCCUGGAGCUGGUUGCCGGGGGCGAGGCCAACGGGACGGUGACUCUCUCGGUGCCCCGCAACACCCCGUCAGGAAGUGAUGUCACCCUGACCAUCCAGGCGGAGGCACCGGGAGGAGCCGACGCCAACUACGUGGUGGAGCGCUACUCCGUCGUCAACACGGUGACAGACUUCCAGCCCCCCUCCUGCACCCUGGUCCUUCGGGAGGGCUCCUGUGAGGGUAACUGCAGCCAGGCGGGGGACUGGGCGGUGGUGGUGGACGUGGCGGACGCGUCGGGGGUGGGCCGGCUGGCCCUGCUGCAGGGCAACGGCACCCUGAGCUCGGCGGUGGUGGGGCUGGGCGCGGGGGGGCAGAACGCCAGCCGGGUGACCUACCGGGCCUCCUGCUGCUCCCCGGAGGCCGAGCUGCUGGCCGUGGACGGGGUGGGCAACGUGGGCUCCUGCCCCUACAGCGCCCGGGGCCCGGCCCCCGCGGCCCAGUCCCCGGGGGCCGCCCUCACCCCGUCCUGCCUGGGCUCGGGCCUGGCUCUGGUCCUGGCCCUGGCCCUGGUCUGGCCGGCCGGGGUGUGAUCCUGGGUGCGGUGCUGUGUCCAGGCGUUGCCCUGAAGGACUCGCUGGCCAUCAUCUGUUCCAGCGUCUGAAAGGAGGCGGCUCCUCUCUCCACAUAAAGCGGGUUCACGAAGAACCCAGAAAACGUCACCACAGCAGAAUUAAGAGAUUGCAAGUGGUCUCUUUAGAAAAAAAUGAUUGUUUUUAUUGAUGUUACAACUUGUCUCAUGUACAUUUGUUUACGGAUCACACAAAAAUCAUUUAUGUUUUCAAAUUUUGAUUCUACUUUUUUGAUUCUCCUUUUGCUUUAUCACUAUUUACAUAUUAUCUGAGGUUUGAAAACGUUGUGUUAUUCAGUGGUUAAAUUAUGGGGUGUGUGUGUGUGUGUGU